AUGGCCUCCGAGGGCAGCUCCCUGGAACUCGAGGCCCUCGCACCCUCGCCUAACGUGCAGCCCAGAGCUGGAUCGCACUCCGAGUGUGGUCGACCACUGAUCGUUUCCUUGCCCCUCUUCCCAGGUCGAGCGAUCCCUCUGCAAUUCCCAAACCUGCAGCAGAAGCACCAGGUCUGGUCCAUCAGAGUCACCAACACCGAGGGAGACCCCAGCAAAGGAAUCGAGGGCGCCGAAAUCCGCAUCGGCGAUUCCUUCCACAACUCUGGCAACGACAACCCGAGGUGCGCCACCGUGCAGUCAAUCAGCCUCGGAGCAGCGGAGACCUUCGACUGUGGUGGCAUGCAAGGUCGACAUGUCAACAUCGUGCGGCCCGGGCGCCAGAAACACCUGACUCUGUGUGAGGUGGAGGUCUUCGCGCAGCCCCUCUUCAUAAUCCAGGCCGGCUAA